AUGGACUCGCCUGGCUACCGAGUAGCUGGCUUGGCGCAAAAUUGCAAAUAUCGUGAUGUCUCCUAUUUCCUAGGAAAGAAAAGGGUUGUUCGCAAAGAUGAGCGCUGGUCGAUCUACUACUUUCCAAAAGAUGUAGUUGAUAGUACACUUAUUGUGCGCGCCACUGAUCAUAUCGAUGCCCCUAGUGAGCCAGCCUCAGCCACAUCAAGCACGACAUCUGCGACGCCGCGUAAAGCAUCGGAAGCAGCAGCAAUACAAACUCGAACAGACACUAUUAGUAUUGCCGAGGUAUUAAGAUGCGUGCCCGAGUGCAAGCAGUGCCAAUCCUUCCCAAUCCCUUACCCAAGGGCCAAUAUCCUCGCCAAUGAAAUUAUCAAGGAGGGAACUACUCGUAGUGUUCGACUGUUGGCGCUUCUUUGCUGGCUAGGCACUCCAUACCUCUUCGAACCCCUUUAUAGAAGGGGCGUUCGUGAUAGAGAUUUGAUUCCAAACCGCACAUCCAACCUCAUCACGCAACUUAAAAUCCUCAUCGAUGAGAAUAAAAACCUAGACUAUUUUCCAGCAAUGGGAGUGCCGGGUCAAAGUUACGGGGCUGUUAAACCAGAAUCUCAAAAGAUGGAAGAGUUCGAAGCGUUCAAAAAAACGUACGAUGAGGCUGUGCGGCACUUCACCCUCCGUAGCUUUCCCUCUGAAUGGAAUCUUCAAGAGAUUUGUGAACCCGGCCAAGAAAUCCUCCCUAUCAUGGAUAAGCAGUUUGUCGGAGCCGGGAGCUUUGGGCAAGUGUUUAGCUUCUCGGUUCAUCCCUCUUAUGAUAAAACCCUUAGCUCAGCUCAAAAUCAGAGCCUUCAAAAGCCCAAGAAAUAUGCUAUGAAACAGAUUCCCAAAAGGAGUAGAACUGAAAGGAUCUUGGAAGACCCGGAGAGUAUCGCAACAGAACUGGCUCAGGAUCUGAACAAUUCAAGUAUCGUCAAGUACUACUGCGCCCAUGAAGACUCAGAGAACCUUUAUCUCACUUUUGACUUUAUCCCCUACACUUUGAACAGCAUCUUCGAUGGCUGCCCCACGCUCCCGCCUGCUUUGAACUUGCCUAAUUUGCAUCCAGGUUCAUCACAGAGCGAGGGUGGUGUUUUGGAUACUACGCUCUGGAGGGGUAUGGAAGGUGUGAUAAGUGCAUUGAAUGACUUGCAAAACAAGGACCGCAAAAAGAUUUGCAUACAUCAAGAUAUCAAGCCCACCAAUAUCCUUGCUAAUGAACAAGGGAAACUCUUCAUCUGCGACUUCGGACUUGCUAGCUUUUCUUCUCGCGUUGAAAACCCUCAUCAUUAUACGUCCGGUAAAGUGCCAACGAACCACGCGGAAGAUGGGACCUAUGCGCCGCCUAAAUUAAAAAACUCUAAACAGAUGUCCCGGACUCCAGAUAUGCAGCUCGCCAAGGGCGAUCCCGCGUACGAUAUAUGGUCACUUGGUUGUUGCAUGAACGAGCUGGUAGUCUUCCUUGCUGGAUUUGACACACCCGACGGCGUUAAAGUCGGGUCAGACGGCGUCAAGGCAUUUCGUGAAGCUCGUUUUAAAAAUACAAAUCAUCAGUUCUGGAAUUUGUCAAAAUCUCAAGAACCCCAAUUAUGCCCAGCUGUCGAGGGUGUUUUGAAAGACAUUUCGAACAGACAUAGUCAAGACCUCUAUCUCACGGGCAUGAUUUCUAUUAUUCGGGGCAUGCUUAAAGUUAAUCCCGCAGAGAGGCUUCUAUCAAGUGAAGUACUUCAACGAAUAAACCAGCUCCGCGACGAAGUUUCGAAAAACGGCAACAACAGGGUUGGCACAAUCGGGGGUGACUCAAAGCGUAUCUGGCUAGAGAACCGCCGUGCACAGACAAAUGCAGAAAUAAAGCCUAUCUUUCCAUCAACUCGAAACUCAUCGAAACUUACCAUCUACAAUAUUGCAAGAAUGGACGAUUUCACUGUCAGUGACGCGAUACCUGGGUAUGAGUUACGAAAUUCGGUGCCCCCAUGCCCUAAUCUUGACCAGCCAGAGCUCAGAACUGUUCGGAAUCCUAGCCUCCCAAGAGGGGAGCAGAUUCUUCUUUUAUGGCUCUGGGGGCCAUUUGAGUUCACAUAUCAACUCGGAAGCUCCUUCGAUGGGUUGAAGAUCAUAUCUCAUCUUAUCGCAAAGAGGAACGGGUCUACCCGCUACACCUUUACAAAAAGCACUUUAAUAAUGUGUUUUCGUUCAAAGAAAUACAGCCUACUUUCAGAUUUCAUAUUGAAGAUCAUGCAGAUGAUAGGGGUUCAACUCUGUAAGGAUGACUACGGAUCGUUGUCCCAAUUAAAGUUUACAACCGUUCAGAUCUAUCAAGGGUCCUCAAAAACUAAGCCUCUCGAUAACACUAUGCCAGGUAGCGUAUCAAGCGACCUCGCUGCAUGUGUGCAAAUAUGGGUUCCUAUAUCACAUCGCGACUCGAGUCCUCCAGUACAGAUUUCAACAACGGAUAAUGAGCCGUCGGGGUUAAUUUCCCCUGUGACCCAAGAAGUUCCGUCACGAUCACCUCCUACUAGCGAGGAGCCUGCAGCAAAUUCUCAAGAGGAUCUGCCUCUAGAAGGGGCUUCGAAGUUUUGGUUGGUAAUAUUUCGACCAGACUCACGUGAUUACCUUACGAUACCCUGCGAGAAAUUUCAACUAAAGGUCAAGAAAUCUGAGAAGGAAUGCUCUGUGACAUUAAAGCGGAAUAGAAAGUCAAACCGUGGAGGCUUUAUAUUCUGUUAUCAAUUUGUUGCAGGGCCGGAGGACCAUGGAGUCCCGUCCAUACCGACGAGCCUCGAUGUUCUUAUUAAUGAGGAGCGAAAAAAGCUGGAAUCGUCAGCCGAAACGUUCAUCAAAGCUAAAUCAAUUGUCAUCAAUUUCGAGGCUCCAACGUCGAACAGUCAGGCUAUUUUUAUGAUUACAGUAUCAUUACUCUUUGAGGAUCGCAGGUAA